AGAGCUGGUGCAAGGAAGAAGAAGAGGAGAGGAAAAAAAGAAAAGAAAAAGGCAUGCGUUUUGGAGAUAACGUGUAUCCUAUGUGCGGCAUUUAGUGGCUGAAUCCAGAGCUCAAGAAUCCUCCGUGAACGAACCGGGCUCACGUGAAGCAGUGAAGGAGAGAAAACUUCUUCCAUCCAUCCAUCCAUCCGGUGUUUUUCUCCUCGGACAGAUGAGCUGGCUGGCCAAGCGCUGGACCAUGUGAGAGCGGAGUGAGCAACUUCCUGUCAGAGCGAGAGAGUGGGCGGAGGAGAGAAGAGGAGGAGGAGGUGGUGAAAGAAGGAAUGGGCGUGGGGAAGAACUCCACCUGCAAAUCCAUGGACUCCAAUACAGAAUCGGGCAAAUAUGAGGAGGAGAGCAAACCCCAUGCAAACUUCUACCCCAUCCCCGUGGUGGUUAAUGGCGUGUCCUCGACCCCUGGAGACCAGGACAGGGAGGACACGGAGCUCAUGGCCAUCUACACUAAAGAGAGUCAAGCAGCUGACAAAAGUUCUUUAUCGGAGACAGAGGACAGUACAGACACCAGGAGACUGGACAUGAUCUACACCAUAGAAGACACCCCGCCCUGGUAUCUGUGCAUCUUCCUGGGUUUACAGCACUACUUAACAUGUUUCAGCGGGACGAUCGCUGUGCCCUUCCUGCUGGCCGAGGCUAUGUGUGUGGGAUUCGACCAGUGGGCUACUAGCCAACUCAUUGGCACCAUCUUCUUCUGUGUGGGCAUCACCACACUGCUGCAGACCACUAUCGGCUGCCGACUUCCGUUAUUCCAGGCCAGUGCUUUUGCAUUCCUUGCCCCAGCCAGAGCCAUCCUUUCGUUAGACAAAUGGAAGUGUAAUACAACAGAUGUUCCUCUGGUGAACAGCACUGAGCUCAUGCACACGGAGCACAUCUGGUACCCCAGGAUCAGAGAGAUCCAGGGGGCCAUAAUCGUGUCGUCUCUGGUCGAGGUGUGUGUGGGAGCGCUGGGUCUCCCGGGCGUGUUGCUGAACUACGUCGGGCCGCUCACCAUCACCCCCACCGUGGCCCUGAUCGGCCUCUCCGGCUUCCAGGCAGCAGGCGAGAGGGCGGGCAAACACUGGGGCAUCGCCAUGCUGACAAUCUUUCUGGUGCUGCUGUUUUCUCAGUACGCUCGCAACGUGCAGCUGCCACUUCCCAUCUACAAAGCCAAGAAAGGCUGGACCUCCUACCGCCUCCAGCUCUUCAAGAUGUUCCCUAUCAUCAUGGCGAUCCUGGUCUCCUGGUUCCUAUGUUUUAUCUUCACUGUGACGGACGUGUUCCCUCCACAGAGGGAUCAGUACGGUUAUUACGCCCGCACAGACGCCAGGCAGGGCAUCCUGGCAGCCGCUCCGUGGUUUAAAGUUCCCUACCCCUUUCAGUGGGGGAUGCCGGUUGUAACUGCAGCUGGGGUGAUCGGGAUGAUGAGUGCCGUAGUCGCCAGCAUCAUCGAGUCUAUCGGAGAUUAUUACGCCUGUGCGCGGCUGUCUGGUGCCCCGCCUCCUCCCGUACAUGCUAUAAACAGGGGGAUUUUUGUCGAAGGCCUGUCCUGUGUGCUGGACGGUUUGUUCGGCACAGGAAACGGCUCCACAUCUUCCAGUCCAAACAUCGGUGUCCUGGGGAUCACGAAGGUGGGCAGUAGGCGGGUGAUACAGUACGGAGCGGUGCUGAUGCUGCUGCUCGGCACUGUGGGGAAGUUCAGCGCUCUGUUUGCGUCUCUCCCGGACCCCGUGCUCGGCGCGCUCUUCUGCACUCUCUUCGGCAUGAUCACGGCCGUGGGCUUGUCCAACCUGCAGUUCAUCGAUCUCAACUCCUCACGCAAUCUCUUCGUCCUCGGCUUCUCCAUCUUCUUCGGUCUGGUCCUCCCCAACUACCUGAGGGGGAACCCUCUCGUCACCGGAAUCGUGGAGAUCGACCAGGUGCUGAACGUUCUCCUCACCACGGCCAUGUUCGUUGGAGGUUCCGUGGCCUUCAUUUUGGACAACACUAUUCCUGGCACUCCGGAGGAACGAGGAAUCCGUAAACUGAAGCGCGGCUCCUUUUCCGGUGCCUCUGAGCUGAAAGGGAUGCGAUCCUACGACCUGCCGUUUGGCAUGGACUUCCUGCAGCAACACCACGUUUUCCAGUACCUGCCCAUCAGCCCCACAUUCAGUGGCUACCAGUGGAACCGACUGGCUGGAGUCUGUCGGGGGCGGGGCAGCGUGCGAGGAGAGGAGGGCGUGGCUGUGAGGACGGAGUUAGGAGAAAGCAGAGUGUAGUGCCAAGCUGAAAAAUUCCACGUAGACAGAAGAUGUCACCGAAAUCAACCAAGAAAAGAAACGCAAUGCUCUGGACGGAAAUUUGUCAGCGAGAGAUUAUUCAGCAGGACGUUUGUUUGUGACAGAGCUGAACUGGUGCUUCAUGAAAAAGGUCAUUCCACAUGGGUUGAUUUCAGAGCUUCUUUCGCACUGCUGGAUAAACGUAUAAUUCACUGGGCAUGCUGUUUUUGUGGCUUGUUUUUUGUUUUAAACGAUGUGUUUUUUCCAACUUUUGAAGCGACAUCUUGCUUUGAACGUGGAGUUUUGGUUCACUGAACGGUUUUUACUCAAGUUUGUGGAGUCGCACCAACAGGGAUGAAAUUCCCCAGAGUUUGAAGCUGAUCGAGGAUUUUGGUAAUUCGAGUUUUAAUUAAGGUUGCGAACUUGAUGAUAAACAUCAGGAAUUAAAAGCUUUCAUCUUAACCAGCCAAUCAGAAUCCAUUACCUUAACCAGCGAUUUUUCUUCUUUGAGGACCUUUUUUGUGGUUUUUUUUGUUUUGUUUUUUGUUUUGUAUGGUCUCAUCUCAUCAGCUACUGAAGCAGGUCUUUAACUGUAACGUUCUUCCUUAAAGCAAUAGAAGAGCCGGAUUAAAAGAACGAUGUUUAAAGUUCAAACUUCAGCUCAAACGGAUUCUCAGCUUAAACUUCAGCUCGACUCUGGAUGUCUCGUUGGUGCGGCUCCGAGAUGGUUUUACGUUUCCACAGCUGAUCUCUGUGCCAAUGUUCAGGACUUUAACAGACUCUGUGCAGGAAACUGAGUAAAGUUCGAACCUGCUGUUUACCAUAAGUCUGGCCAAGUGAGCUACAGUACUGAAUAUAAAAGAUCACUGCAAAACAAAAAGACCUAAGAAAGGGACUGCAUCUUGAAACAUGUAUGUGGAUUUAUUUGGAUAUUUUUUUCACGAUGUGUUUAUCAACAGUAGGGGCGAGUGAUAGGACGUACAGGUCACAUCACAAUACCUGAGAUUUCGGUGAUAAAAUGUCAGGGGCUUGGGUCCCCCCCCCCCCCCCCCCCCCAAAGUUGAAUUCGGUGAUCUGUCUUUUUAAAUUUAAACAUUUUAAUGCUGAAGAGGGGGAAAAAUUUAAUUAAACUAUAUUAAUUUUUAGAAUCUCAUCUUCUGUUUGUCUCCUCCUUCACUGUUGUCUUCUUUCUCGUCUUCAUCAUCGUCUUUGUUCGUCGUCAUUCCCUCCUCCCAUUCUUAGAAUUAUAAUAUCUCUCUAUCUUCACCUAAAUCCCAAUUCUUGAGCAUAUUUAAAAUGAAAAAAAACCCAACUCAUUUUCUGUAACUUCUCAAGCACAGGUGGAAAUGACUGAAGCUGCUCUUAUUUUUGCUGUAACUGAGCAUCAUUAAGAGAUUUGUACUUUUUACCCGAGUAAACUUAACAAUCAGCAACAUUUCCAUGAUGAAAUCCCGCUGUUUAAUCCCUUCAACGUGCCAAAUCCCAAAGAUCAGGACUUUAAUUCCCCCCCCCCCCCAAAUUAGUCAUUUAAUUUUGGUUCAAAUUAAUCAAAUCCAUACCGGUUUAAAAAUAUCUCCAUGGACACCACUGUUAGUUUUGCGUUACUUCAGUGGGGGGAGGGGGACCCCAAAACACAGAAAAUAGUUUUGGGAUAAAUGAAGAUGUUAAAAGAAACCCGAAUCCCGUUUUUAAUCUGAACUCUACAGUCGUUUUAACUUUUCAUACAAAUCAAGUUUUAAACAUUAGCAAAAUGUGAUGCCCCCCCCCAAAAAAAGUUCAGAUUUAAAGUAUGUUUAUCAGUAAGAUUUUUAACAUAUUGUUUCAUCUCCAAAUUGCAUUGAGAAUAAUUAUUUAUUUAUUUUUCCUGAUUUUCUGAAAGCAGUUAUUUCUUGAAAACUAUCUGCUCGCCAAAUUUCUUGGUUCGUAACCUGCUGCAUAUUUUUCAGGAUGCUUUCACUUUUUGCGAAGGGCAUUUUUUAAAAUUUAUUUAUUUACUGGUUUUGCAGUGAUAUUUUUUUUGUGGGCGGGGUUAAACAUGACACUACAAUGAUGCCUCGCCCUGUUUAGAGCGUGAAACAUUUUCUGGUGUAAAACAGAAGCGUGUUCCUGUGUCCAUCUGAGCACCACAUGUCCACCAUGUGCCCCCCGCCCUGCCCCGCCCCCUUCACCUUCUUGAUUUUUUUUUUUUUUGGUGUCCUCGAAUGCUGAAUAUGACUCAGACGGACCUUCAUGCUCAGACCUCGCACUUUGUGACCUUCACACGGCUGCUAAUUACUGGCCUUUUUUUAUUUUUAUUUUUUUUGGUAAUUGGAUCUAACAGAUCUCAAGACUUUAUUGUGAUGAUGAUCCAGAAGCCUUCUGUUUGAGGUGAAAGGUCGUGAGGGGUCUCAGUAAGAUGGUCACUCGGAGGACGAUUCAAAGAUAAAAUCCCUUCAGUUAUUUUGAAGGAGAAUCUAUCUGAAGAAUAGAAUACUAUUGUCUAUCUGAAGUGUUUCUCUCUUUGGUGGUUUCUAUCUUUUUUUUUUGUUGUUGUUUUUUUUUAAAUACAUGUAUUUGUAAAAGCAUAAAAAUAGUGCUUGUAAAGAUCACACGUAAAAUGUUAAACGUAACUGUUAUAUAAUACCAUGCUGCCAAACGCACCAUUUUUGUUACAUUUUUAUUUAAGUGAAAUUUUUUUCCUGUCUUU